GCGCGCGCAGUGUGCGUGCACGUUGCUUGCAGUGAAAACAACCCAGACUGACGCGCACGGGGAUCCAGCGAGGAGCUGCACCGGAUAAAGGACACGCGCCGUUACCCCCGGUAACCCCGAGCGACCUCCACCAGCCAGGAUGACCGACCAGAGCAACAUCCAGUCUGCCGCGUGCAAGAGCAUCAGGCCGUUCAGGUCGAGCGAGGAGUACCUGUACGCCAUGAAGGAGGACCUGGCCGAGUGGCUGCACGCGCUCUACGGCCUGGACAUCACGGCGGACACGUUCAUGGAGAGCCUCGAGACGGGCUGCGCGCUCUGCGAGCACGCCAACAGCGUGAACCGCGCCGCGCGCCUCGUGCAGCCGUGGCGCCCGUGGCCCGACGUGGCGUACCAGGCGCGCGGCGCCGCGCCCGGCUCGUUCGUGGCGCGCGACAACGUGUCCAACUUCAUCGGCUGGUGCCGCGGCGAGCUGCGCGUGAAGGACGUGCUCAUGUUCGAGACCAACGACCUGGUGGAGCGCGGCAGCGAGAAGAACUUCGUGCUCUGCCUGCUCGAGGUGGCGCGGAGGGGCGCGCGCUUCGGCAUGCCCGCGCCCGUGCUCGUGCAGCUCGAGGAGGAGAUCGCGCGCGAGGAGAGCCGGGAAAGGGAACGGGAACGGGAACGGGAGCGGGAGCGCGAGGGGGGCACGGCCGCGGCGGCCGACGGCGGGCACGGGCGCGAGCGCAGGACGGAGCGUGAGCACGAGGAGGAGGAGGAGGAGGAGCACGAGCUCGCGCCCAUCUGGCAGCCGCAGAGGAGAGUGUGUGACAUGCGCAAUCUCGACGAACUGGUGCGUGAGAUCCUGGGUCAGUGCUCCUGUCCGUCUCAGUUCCCCAUGACUAAGGUGUCGGAUGGGAAGUAUAAAGUGGGCGACUCCAGCGCCCUCAUCUUCAUCAGGGUGCUGCGGACCCACGUGAUGGUGCGUGUGGGCGGGGGCUGGGACACGCUGGAGCAUUACCUGGAUAAACACGACCCCUGUCGCUGCAAUGCCUUCGCACACCGAUACCAGCAGGCCAAGGCCAGCGGUCAGGCUCCUCACAGUAAAAGCUCCAGCGCUCACUCUUCCCGCUCCACCAGCCCGGGACCGCACUGGAGGGGCGAGUCUAUGGCAGCGUAUAAAAGCCCUGACCGGCGCUCUCUGGAGCCUUCAUCCGCCGGCACGGCCUCGUCUUCCUCACGGCCCGGCAGAACGCACCAUGCAUCUGCAGACGCAGAGCCCGGGAGGACAGCGGCGACCACACUACUGCCCAGACCCCCUCGAGACCGAUCAGAGCCACGCCUCAAUCCCCUCAGGAAUAAGGACUCUCUCUUGCCGUUGACUCGUCGGCUCUCUGGAGACAGUGAUUCCUCCACUGCAUCCUCGAAAGGUGGCAGUGGAGGAGCAGGUGGAGGCCGUUUGUCUUUGGGAACUCGUCGCACUAAUGGGGAGGAGGUGGUCCUCUUGGUCAACCGGAAAGAAGGCAAGCACGUCAUUGAGCGCCCAGAGGGUGGAACCCAGAUCCCUUCCCUGCGUCCCCCUCAGACCAGAGCUCGCAGCGCCUCCAGAGAACGACCUGCACCCCCGUCCUCCAUUCUCAAACCUAGCCCACCCCAGGGCCCUGCGGAGGGGAACCGGGCUGCUCGACCAGAAAGGGGCAGGUCUCUAGGGCUGGAGGGGCCAAGAAGGCUCCAAGGUCCCCGCUCCCUCAGUCAGGGUAAAGCUCCUCUACGUGGUAGAGUGAGUGAAGCUAGCCCUGUAUCCCCUCGCCACAGAGACCACAGAGACCCCCAGCCCAAGGACGACCUGAGGCAAAAGCAAGUUCCUCCAGGUUCCCCCCGGUUGAGUGGAGGUCUUUCCAAGCGACAGACAUCCUCUUCGGCUUCCAGUUCACCCAUCAAAGGGGGCUCUGGAACCAGCAGCCCUGUGAAGAAGAGUGUAGUGACCCCACGACCUCCUGCCCCACGCUCGCCCUCUGUGGGGAGUCGUAGGCUCCUCCCACCUGUCUCUCAGCCAGGACGACGCUCUCCGCACUCCUCAAACAAAUCACCUCACCACCACCCACCACGGUCACCUCGGGUGGCACACAGCCCCCGAUCCACAGGAAGGCCACAGAGAGGAUGGGGUCACCAGCAAGUCCAGGAACCCCAGGAAGACGACAUGGGGCUGGGGUUCGGGUUCCAGCCGCUGUCUGGCCAGGAAGCUGCACAGCGUGAGAUGGAGCUGUACCGCAGCUUUGAGGCCGAGUUCCUGGCGAACACGCAGCAGCAACAGGCUCAAGCCGGCCAGACCAGAGCAUCUGCCACAAAGGAAGUAGGAGCUUUGCUUCCUGUCUCCUCCCAGCAUGGCUUUGGAGUGCUGGGUGAUCCCAACGUGACAGAUUCAGCAUACUCUUCCUCCAAUUCUUCUUCCUCCUCUCUAAACGUGGGAGGAAAACUGCCCGAUUUACGGGAAUCAAAACGGACUCGGAACUGUGCCCUGGAGGACCCCCCUGCACUGCUGCACAGCCAGACCCGAGUCGGCCUCCCCAAUGGUGGUCUACGGGAGCGGGAACGAUGGACUGGUCUUGGUGGGGGUCUCCGAAAACUCCCCGCCAUCUCCAGCUCAAUGGAGGAGGGCGAGCAAGUCCGAGAAUCAGACUUAAGACUCCCUUAUGCCCCCCGGCAGGUAAACGGGGUUCCCCUGGGUCUCCCCCUUGCUGAGGUGCCCAUGGAUGCACAGCUGGACUGGGCUGGGGUGGAAGGUGAUGUUCCAUUGGACGAUCACCGCCCAAAUCUACCCUACGACCAUAAGGAUGCUAACGCUAACACUAAUGAUGACCUCCCCCUUCCAGAGACGUUCCCUUCCCCCUUGCCGCCACCUCCAGAAGACUGCUCCUACAACGACUCCUCCAGUGAGAGCUCUUCUAUGUGUUUUAGUCUGAGUGAGCCUCUUUCAGAUGGAUCCUGCACCCCUCCGCCUCCUUCUCUGGCUAACGGAGACACCGAAAACACAGUUGUCCUCCGUGCCAAAAAGGGGCAGAAGAAGGCGGAGAGGGUGCCUUCCAUCUACAAGCUCAAGCUGCGGCCGCGGAUACGGCCUCGUACCGACAACAGGCCGGAAAACAGUCCGUCGAGAAUUCCGACGCCGGUCAGCUACAGAGACCAGCACCACCGACAACAACGGUCUCCUGCAAAUCUUUCUCCCCUUCAGACGCCCCCACAGUCGCCACGAUCUCACAGACACGCACCUUCCCACAAAGCUCUGCACCAAGCCUUCGCCGAUCUCAUCCACCCUCAGCAGAGAUCACCCGCCAUGGGAUCCAGAGAGCGCUCUUUCUCCCCGGAGUCCAGCCUGGACGGAGAGGCCUGGAUGUAGCACAGUGUUUGUAUGACGAUGCUAAAUAUAGCUGAAGAUGUAAACCCGUUGAUACGGGGUCAUGAAUGUAUCGCCGCAGGUGAUAAGCAAAGCAUGACAAAGAUAACUGGGGAUAAAGAGACUUCCUUAUUGAUAUUAUAAGGUCACGAGCAGAUCACCAAAGCAUAACGUUGUUGACGAGAAAGGUCACCGUCUGUCCUCGCUCUCUCCUGUGCAAGUGAAGGCACAGUGGGAUCACAAGGAAAAUGGACCAAACCAAACUGUGUCAGAAAAGACUGGAGUCGGAAAGCUGUCAUGUAGCAAGACGCUAGAGUGCUAACUACUGGGGCCAAAUGAUGGCAAAGGAUUACAUCGUUUAGCACAUUCAAUCACUGUCCAUGGAUAAAUCAGAAUCACCGAUAAGCAUGUCACGAAUUUCUCAUGUUGCAGCUCAGCCUGGUCUCUUUCCUCUGUUUGCUCGACUCAAAAAAGUCAUGGAAAUGGAAAUAAAACUGGGUGACUCUUUAUUUGAAGGCUACCAACAGAGGGCGCAUCACUGUCCAAAACAAAAAGAUGUGGUUUUAUUUUUGUCAAUUUUUUUCCUUUAUAUGUGCAACUGUCCUUAAUCUUGUGUAAGAAUUUCAUUAUGAAUAGACCAAUCGAAAUGCUCUAAAAUCGUUUUAUUACGUUAAUUUACAUCACAAGUUAAGAAUGCUUUUGCUUUCUUAUGUAAAAUUACAAUUUUGGAGAUACCUUUUUUUGGGACAGCGAUAAUAAGCGUUGAAUAAUGCAUAUUAAUACUUGCUUAUCCCAGCAAUCACAAGGUGGCAUAAGAUUUUUUAGGUAGGAAAUUAUAUUUUAUUGACAUAAACUGAAAGUUCUAUUUACAAAGCGUCAUAAUAAUUGAAUUUAAAAGGCAGGAGGCUGCUGGUCAGUUCAGUUUCCACUAUGUCAAACCAAUAUCAUCUUAUGUCAUCUUGCAAUUACUGGCACUGGCUAUUAAUAAAUGAAUCAAGCAUUGCUUCAGAAAUGUGUUAUGCAAUGCAGAUGCAUGUGUCAUGAAGUGCCUACGUAGGUAGCCUUCAAAUAAAGCGUAGCCAGAAAUUGCUACCAAAGGAUUACCAUUGAAAGGAUGUCGGGAUACCAGCUUAGCAUGCCGUUUGUCUUUGUUUGCGGCGAAGGAUUUGCUUCCGUCAUGCUAAUUGUGAAAUUGUGGCUUGUCGCUGUGUGGUUCAGAGCUCUGUCGAAUGUGUACCAUCUGCACAGCUCAGGAACACCAAGAGGAGGAAAUGAGAAGAUGACGAAAGACCCUCCGCUCGAGCGUCUCUGAAAGACAAAGGGCUGUGUUCUCCAGAUGUGUCACACUCACCUUACUGAGAAAUGGUGAACAGAAACUUCCGUUUCCAAUGGAAGUGAGACUUCCACUCAGAUUUCCCUUUCACAAGGACCCUGAUCGUGUCCUUGUUGUCGUGAGUCACUCCGCAGACAGCUUCCUGAGGUCUGACCUGGACCCAUAAGAUGAUGUCCUCUCCAACUGUCCUACAGAGAGACAGAUCUCUUGUAUUGCUACUGUCCACUGGUCAGCGAAGCUCCUGCUUUUAGAACCAUACUUUACGCUUUUAGGACUUUAAUUUUACCAAUCAACCACCACUUUUUAAUAUGUUUCAGGUUGUAGUUGUUAAGUUUUAAUCAAUUUUGAAAACAAUCUUUCCUUGUUUUAUGAAAUAACUAUUUUUUUAAUUGAUGGGGUUGAAGCAGUAGACAGCUGGAGCUACUACAGGGCUAGACGGCAUCGGCCUUUUCCUCGCUGAAUGUCCGAAUGCUUCAGAAAUGUCCCCAGCAUCCUUUUUGCUAUAAUAUUGCCUCUUAUUUGAACUUUUUCGCUCUGUUAGUUGGCGAUUGGAGGAUCGAUCUCUGUGGUGGCGCUAAGUUCUCACAGGGCCAGACUUGAUCUCAUAACGAGAAUACACUUCUGGGUAAUUUGUUAGUCUUUUGGUGCUGAUUUGCAGCUCUAAAACUCCCCCCAGAUUCCUCUAGUACGUGCUGUUUAAGCAUCUGGAGUACAAUCAAUAACACAAGCAAACCAAGCUAGCUAUCGUUAGCUAACUGUACGGUCAGCUUGUAAGGGUUCAUGUUUAUUUCUACUGCUCUGCAUGCAUAAUUGGACUUUUCAUGCUAACUUAUGUUACAUCCAUGGGCUAGCGAGCACCUUCCUAGGAUGUUCAGACUUAGUUUGUUCCCACCUUAAAAAGUACGUUUCCACCCAAAUGUAGCCCAAAGGUUCUCCUGACAGUCUCCAGAUGUUCUCGUUACAAAGUCACGUCUGGCCUCGUGAGGCUGCACAAGAAGAGGGAGUUUAGAGGAUAUUAUUUGGCAACCGUCCUGGUGUGAACUACGGCUGCACGAUAUAAACAUAACCCCACAUGCCAGUUAUAAUGCUGCUAAAUGCUUAUGAUACGAUCACCGUCCACUUUAUUAGGCACCUUGCGUCUACACUUAUUCAAUGAUCCA